AUGGAAAGGUUGGCUCAAUUGGCAUUACACACAACAUCUGCAGCUGGCGCACCACCAGCACCAGCACACCCUUUGGAUCCGUUGUCUCCUCAAGAAAUCAAAAACGUGUCUACAUUGGUGAAAAAGAAUUAUGAAGGUAAGAUUAUCAAUUUCAACACUAUCACAUUGAGAGAACCAAUGAAGAAGGCAUAUUACGAGUGGAAGGAAAAAAACGGACCAAAGCCACCAAGAAUUGCCUACUUUGUUAUUGUUGCUGAUGGCGAUCAAGGUGUUCACGAGGGUGUAGUUGAUAUCACUGCUCAACAUAUUGUCGAGUUUCAACACACUACUGGCGUACAACCAAUCUUGACACCACACGAUUUGCAAACCACUGAAGACAUUGUUCGUAAUGAUCCUGAAGUUCAAAGACAAUGUGAAAUUAGUGGAGUUCCACCAAACUCGAUGCACCAAAUCUACUGUGAUGCUUGGACUAUUGGAUACGACGAAAGAUGGGGCGCUGAAAAGAGAUUGCAACAAGCUUUAAUGUAUUGGAGAUCAGACGAAGAUGACUCUCAUUACUCACACCCAUUGGAUUUCUGCCCAAUUGUUGAUAUGAAUGCUAAGAAAGUUAUCUACAUUGAUAUUCCCCAAAGAAGAAGAAAGAUCUCCAAACACAAGCACUCAAACUUCCACCCAAAACACAUUGCCGAGAAAUUUGGUACCAAGGAGAAUCCUUCUGGUUUUAGACAAAACGACAAUUUCCCAAUCAAUGUUACCCAACCUGAAGGUGUUUCAUUCAACUUGGAUGGUCAUGUGAUGAGCUGGUCCAACUUUAAGUUUCACAUUGGGUUCAACUAUAGAGAAGGUAUUGUUUUGAGUGACAUGACUUAUAACGAUCAUGGCAAUGAAAGAUCAUUGUUCCAUCGUAUUUCCUUAUGUGAAAUGGUUGUUCCAUAUGGUUGUCCUGAUUUCCCCCAUCAAAGAAAACACGCGUUGGAUAUUGGUGAAUAUGGUGCAGGUAAUUGUACAAACCCAUUGGCUUUGGGAUGUGACUGUAAAGGUGUGAUUCACUACAUGGAUGCUCACUUUCCAGACAAGAAUGGUGAUGCUUUUACCGUGAGAAAUGCCAUUUGUAUUCACGAGGAAGAUGACGGUAUCUUGUUCAAGCACUCAGAUUUCAGAGAUGAUUUCCAAACCACAGUUACAACUAGAGGUAAGAAGUUGAUCAUUUCACAAAUCUUUACCGCUGCCAACUACGAGUACUGUUUGUACUGGAUCUUUAGACAAGAUGGUACAAUCAAGUUGGAAAUUAGAUUAACAGGUAUCCUAAACACAUACAUUUGCGCAGACGACGAGGACACUGGCAAGUGGGGUACUCAAGUCUACCCUAAUGUUAAUGCACACAAUCACCAACACUUGUUUUCCUUGAGAUUGCAUCCAAGAAUUGAUGGUGAUAACAACUCUGCUGCUACAAGUGAUGCCAAGUCUUCUCCAUUCCCAACCGGCUCAGCUGAAAACAAAUAUGGUAACGGAUUCUACUGUGAAAAAACCACAUUCAACAAGGUUAAAGAUUCCAUCACUGACUUUGAAAGCAAAACUGCAAGAACCUGGGAUAUUUUCAAUCCAAACUCUGUUCACAAAUACUCUGGCAAACCAGCCACUUACAAAUUGGUUUCCACAUAUUGCUCACCAUUACUCGCUCAAGAAGGUUCUUUGGUUAGAAAAAGAGCACCAUGGGCUGCAAACACUACACAAGUUGUUCCAUAUAGUGAUGAUGCACAUGGAUAUGGAAGGUUAUACCCAUCAGGUGAUCAUGUUGCUCAAUGGAGUGGUGAUGGUGUGAGAGGUAUGACUUCAUGGAUUGACGAUGGCGAAGCAAAUGUCAACAACACCGAUAUUGUGUUUUUCCACACUUUUGGUAUUACCCAUUUCCCAGCACCCGAAGAUUUCCCAGUUAUGCCAACAGAAAUCUUUGACCUCAUGCUCAGACCUAGAAACUUGCACACAGAGAACCCGGUAUUGGAUGUCAAACCCUCUUAUGCCAAAACCACGUCGGAAGUGAAAAAUGGCGAGGCAGGUGUCGACUCAUGCUCGUUAAAUGUUGACAAAGCUUCUAGAUUGGCAUUCGGCAACAAUGACUGUUGUAAAAAAUAA